AUGUAUAGAUAUGAUGUUGAAUAUCUAUUUCGAUUUUAUACAUAUGGCAUAGAAAAACAUUUUUAUCAACAUGUAUUUGAAGAUUUUCAACAAGAAACUCUUUGUGAUCAUGAAGCUGGUCAAUUAUAUGGUUUAGAAAAAUUCUGGGCAUUUUUAAAAUAUUCUCGACAAAAACCAAAAAUCAAUCGAAAACUUGAAGAAAUUUUAAAAAACUAUAAAAAUCUUGAAGAUUUUCGUGUUGGUGGUGCAUCAUUUCCACAACAAUUUUUUCCAACAAAAUCAAAUUAUACAUUCGAAGCAAUUGCUGCUGCAGUAGCAAAGAACAGUGAUACAUCAAAUUCAUUAAAACCCAAUGGUGAACAAUAUCUGAACGGUGCUCAUAUUUUUUCAAGUGGAUUUCGAUUUAUUGUUUUAGGAAGAAUUGAUAUUGGUUUAGGUAUUGGUGGUGGUGUGAUUAAUUCUAUGCUUUAUAAUGAUUUACAAACAAUUAAUAUAACAUUACGUAUUCUUUAUCGACCAAGAGCUGAACUUUCACCAAAAAUUUUUUUGCAAAUUUGGUCUCAAUUUGAUGCUAUUGAAUUGAUUACACAACGCACACUUAUUUCGCAACGUAAUAAUGAAUUAUUAACAGAACGUGCUGCUCAAUUUGGUUUAUUACUUGAUGAUAUUUCAAUUAUAAGAUACGAUAAAAAAGAGUCUCGAACACAUUUAAGUUUUAGACCUGAAUUCACAAGUGCUGUUGAAUUAAAACAAGUUGCACAACAAGAUGUUGGAAAACAACGGUUUUUAGUUGAAAAAACGGAACAAAGUCGUCGAGCAAAUGUUAUUGCAGCAGAAGGUGAUACUCGUGCAGCUGAUUUGAUUGGCAAAGUUUUAGAUGAAGCUGAUGAUGAUUUGAUCGAACUUCGACGAAUUGAAGCCACUGAAGAUAUUGCAAAUCAAUUAUCAAAAUCAAGAAAUAGCGUCUAUUUACCACAUGGUCCUCAAAUAUUACUUAACAUUACUGGUGCUAUGCAAUAA